CAGCAAGCCUUGACUGUGAGUAGACGUGUGACUCGUCGGCGGAGCGCGGCUCGAUCUCCCGUCGCGGCUACGCGAGAGGACUCUCCUUUUUUUCCCUCCCCUUCUGUAUAUGCGUCUCUCUCCUCCCUUCUCUCUUUUGUCCAUCUGUCACUAUCUGUCAUUCCGUCUCGCGGCGUGUGUCGCGCAUGUCGUUGGCUCGGUGAGAACGCGUGUGUGCUUGGUGCUUGGUGCUUCUGUCCGCGUGUGCUCCGAGUUUUUGCCCCAAGAGGCGAUACCACAUAGUGGCACAGUGGUGGCUCUUGCGGGGGCCGCGUGCGUGCGUGCGUGCGUGCGAGCGUGCGUGCAUACGUGCGUACGUGCGUGCGUGCGUGCGUGCGUGCGCGUUACAUCAAGAGGAAUAUCGUUCGUGUCGUACACGACGGUGGACUCUGCGAGUGCGUCGGCGGCAGUGCGGUUGUACGGAGCAGCCGCAGCCGCAGCUCCUCGCGUUUUCUCAUCGUCCAUUGUCGCGUCUCCUUUCUCCGCCGCGUGUCUCCUAGGAACAAGCGCCGCCUCCCGUUUCUCCACCACGUCUCCCCUCUGAUUCUGAUCCCCCGGGGAGCUGCUCCGACAACGCUGUUAUGAGGCGCGCCGCCGAGUGCGAUUGACGGACGCGUCGCGACGGCGCGAGAAAGAGAGAGAGAGAGAAAGAGAGAGUGGGGCAAGCUGUGAUUGGAAUACAGUGCGGCAGUGUAUAUACGUGCAUACGUACGUGCAUGCGUGCGUGCGUUCCUGCGUGCGUGUCUCAAACAUAACCUAAGUGUCGGUAAGCGCGCUAAGUGCUGUUCGUUGUCAUACUUGUAAUCAUAUUGGACGCGACGACGGAUAUAUACAACGGAUUAUUAUCGGAGCGCACGGACAAAUUCGUCUAGAUCAAAAGUAAUAAUGGUAACAUUAGUGUCUUCGUCGGCAGUGUGGUGAGUGACGGAAAAGACGAGGAUACGUCAUCGCUUAUCUCGACGCGAUAAAGGACACCGUUCGUACACGUAUCACGUUUUCCCCCCUCCUCGAUUCGGCUGAUUUGAACUAAACAAAAGAAGAAGGAUUUAGCAGCAGGAUAUCCCCCCUUCGACGAGCGAGAGAAGAAAAAUGCUCAUCGCGUGAGACAUUCGUCGAUCCAUCGAUCGAUUCACUCGUCGAUCGUACGCGACUCAAACAAUAACGGUGGCUCACUUUAUCGAGCGGGCGAGGGGGCACAGCCCGUAAAGCAGGGGGUGGCGGGCCAGCAAGUGCUUUGAUGGCAGUGGUUGGGCCCAGCCGGUCACUCGCGGGUGUCCAUGAGUGUGUACCAUACCGCUGAUGCAAGGCGGCGGGGCGGGGGCAACCGGCGGCGGCGGCGCCGGUGCCACCCCGCCGCCUGCCCAGGAUCCCGUCCAACCGGACCGACCCAUCGGCUACGGGGCCUUCGGCGUUGUUUGGGCUGUCACGGAUCCACGGGAUGGCAGGAGAGUAGCCUUAAAAAAACUGCCGAACGUCUUUCAAAGUCUCGUGAGCAGCAAGCGAGUCUUCAGGGAGUUGAAAAUGCUUUGCUUCUUCAAACACGAUAACGUCCUUUCCGCGCUGGACAUCCUUCAGCCGCCGCAUCUGGACUUCUUCCAAGAAAUAUACGUGAUCACCGAGCUACUCCAGAGCGACCUGCACAAGAUCAUCGUCAGCCCGCAGCAUCUCAGCCCGGACCACAUCAAGGUCUUCCUUUAUCAGAUCCUACGAGGCCUCAAGUACCUUCAUUCGGCCAGAAUUCUUCACAGGGAUAUCAAGCCGGGGAACCUCCUAGUGAACAGCAAUUGCGUACUAAAAAUCUGUGAUUUUGGAUUGGCUCGGGUAGCGGAACCCGACCAGAACGUGCACAUGACCCAGGAAGUAGUGACACAGUAUUACCGCGCGCCGGAAAUCCUGAUGGGCGCGCGGCACUACACUGCCGCGGUGGACGUGUGGAGCGUCGGCUGCAUCUUUGGCGAGCUCCUACGCCGGCGGAUACUCUUCCAGGCCCAGAGUCCCGUGCAACAGCUCGAAUUAAUCACGGAACUACUGGGUUCGCCCACCCUCGAGGAGAUGAGGUAUGCCUGCGAAGGCGCAAAAUCUCAUAUGUUAAGAAGAGCGCAAAAGCCGCCGUCGCUGGCGACUUUGUACAACCUCAGCAGCCAGGCGACGCAUGAGGCCGUCCAUUUGCUCUGUCAGAUGCUAGUCUUCGAUCCUGACAAGAGGAUCACUGUGGUGGACGCCCUGGCGCAUCCUUAUCUAGACGAGGGACGACUCAGAUAUCACUCGUGCAUGUGCACAUGCUGUUACACGACAAGCGCCGGCAUGAGACAGUACAGGGUGGAUUUCGAGCCUUCGGCUGCUCAUCCAUUCGACGAUCUCUGGGAGCGAAAGCUCACGAGUGUGCAGCAAGUGAAAGAGGAAAUGCAUAAAUUUAUAGCAGAGCAACUGAACACGUCACGAGUGCCGCUCUGCAUAAAUCCGCAAUCCGCGGCAUUCAAGAGCUUCGCAAGCUCCACGGUGGCUCACCCCUCGGAAUUGCCACCCUCUCCACACCAGUGGGAAUAAAAAAUCUUCCCCGUUCCCGUCCCCGAGAUAGGCCAUCGGACUCGAGGGUAACGACUCCGCGUCGCGCUCCAAGAAGAAAAGAGAAUCUUCGCCGACCGGAAGAUAGUAAGUCGCCGAUAACGAGAAGAGAAAAGAGGAGGGAAGAAGCAGAAAAAUGAAGAGUGACGGGGGAGGGGCUGGAAGCUGCGAAAGAAGAGCCAAGAGAGACAAUAGACUGCCGCACAUUGUAGCCUCAAUUUUCGACUAGCUGAUACAUAUACAUGCACGGGAUAGCGCAAGGGAUGCGUGAAGGAAUGACGGUGAUGUUCGAUUCGAGAAAUUCAAUAUUUUUAUGGAUAUGGAAUUUCUCCGCAGAGACUUUACAAGUAUUUUGCAAGUAUUAAAUGAAUGAAUAAAUAAACUUUGACUUUGCCGCAAGAAUGUAUUUCGCGAGGAGCUUGAAAGAAACUUGCUUUGCUCAAUUCUUUUUUUAGAGCCAUAUUCCUCAUAUGAAAGGUGGAAGUUCCUGUCGACUUUUCUUUAAAGAUUUGACAAAAUUGAAUAUUUUUUUCUGCUUUCCUUUAAAGAUGCAUUUCUGAAUAAAAUUUUUUACUUUUUUUGUAACAACAGUUUAAUCCAAAAGUAACUUAAUAUAUUAAAUUCAAAUAGUCAGUAAUAAAAUUCUGAUAUUAAAUUUGAAUUUUUAAUUUACUUUAAAAAUAGGACUGUUUCAAUAAAUUGCUAAAUUUUUAUUUAAUAUGUAACGUAAUUAUUACUGAUCUUCGCAGAAGCUCUAAAGUGCUUAUGAGAUUCAAAGAAACUUCUAAGACUAAUAAAUGAUUAAGAAAGGACAAUUAAAUAUUUAUCGAGUAUUCUCUAAGAAAGGAUUGACUUGAAAUUCUGCAAGAACAUCAUCUCGUCGUUCUUUAACGUGCUUCACCGAGCACUCUGUGUGUGUAUAUAUAGCAAUAUAUUAUACAUAUACGCGUUGCAUAUAUGCGACCAAGGGAAAAACACACAGAAUACACAUACACAAAACAUACACACACAUACACACACGCGUGUGCAUACACUAGCCAAUUUAAAACAUGAAGUAGCCAAUUAAUUCCGAGAGAAAGAGAGAGCGGUAAAGGAUUCCCGAGGGGCGGAAUUAUAGGUACCGUGAGAAUAAGAAGACGUAGGGGAGGUGAUAAGUAAUAGCGAUUAGUAAAGCGAGCGUCGAAAAGACGGCCAGUCCUUUUUUCUUUUCUUAGAUUUUACGCACGUGUACAGGUCGCGCAAGGUCAGCUGGCAUUUAUAAUCGAAUACGCGCGCGCGAGGGAGAAAAGUGCCGGAAAGGAAACUGAAAAAUCCUUCUCGUCCUGAUAGAGUAUCCGCCGACGAUGAGAAAUGUUCCUGAGAAUGUCACACUACAAAUCGGAUCGCCCUCGAAAGAAUAUCCCUCGAGAACGCUGUCACUAUGACAAGAUUAUAGCUCCGAAUCGAAUAAUCCUUGACAGGAUAUUGCUUGAAGAUGCCUCGAGAAGUGAGAAAAUAACUUUGAAUCGACAGAACAUCCCCCGAGAAUGUUGCUGUGAAAAGAUUUGUCCUCGAUAUCUUCCAAGAACGCUGUGUGUUAAUAACAAGACAAGAUCAUUGCUCCAGACCGACCGAUCCUUGGCAAGGAUAUUAUUCGAAUAUAUACCUCAAGGAGCAAAAAGUUAGCUAUGAGAGUUCAAUCGUCCACAUUGAGAUAUCUAUCUCGAGAUAUUGCGCGAGGACACUCGAGAAAAUUAAUUCUUGGCGAAAUUAAUCGUUCAAGGAUGUCGCGGGGAUAUCCGAAUAGGCAGAUUGUGCGCAACUCGCUUCGAAUCGAAUUAUCUUUGACGAAAUAUUAUUCGAAGAUUUGCGUUUUCGAAGAGCGAGGUAUUCGUCCGAGAAUGUCGCACAAUCAAUUUCUCCCUCCGACUGGCGGAAACUCGGGAAAACGUUUUCCGCAAGAUCCUCGAUUUCCUUGCGCCGAAGGGAAGAGCAAAACCUCAAAACUAAUCGAUCAUCGCGAGCGUUGGUACUCAGUCGAGACACCGGCGAAACUCCCGAUAAGUCGGCGAUGGAUCGACCACGAAGAAGAAUCAAGAGGAAGGAGAAAAGAAAAAAAAGAAGAUUGACGCGUCGUCGUGUUAUCGAUCUUCCUCGAUAAAGUAGCGAUAACUUAAAACUAUUAAAGAGACUGUAAAAAGACAUUGCGGCGAAUGUAGUAUGUAACGGGUGACGAGAACGCGACGGCACUUUUCUUCCCUAGCAUCAGUACUAGUAAACAUACCGAAGCAUUUAAUUCCACGAGCGACCAGCAUUCGCUGUGAAUAAAGACUUGUGAGUCCCUGACUGAAAAUGUCUUUCCCGCGGAGGAACAAGACGAAGAAAAGAGACAAGAGAAGAUAGGUGAAAAUUUAGGCGGAUGCGCGCGACAAGCGAAAAUACGUAAUCGAAAAAGGACGGGAAAAGUAGAAAAAUCGCGGCGGCGAGUCGCAAACGCGCGAAAAAUCAAGAUUCACAAAUUCGUAAAGGAAAUGCGUAUUACCGUGUUGACGGGAUACGACGGAAGCUUUUCAACGCUCUCAUUGUUUCUGCAAACUGUUCAGGAGGAUCAGGAAGGCAAAUUUGGAGCGCGAAUUGUUUUCGAAGUAAUUUCGAAAGGAUGAAUUGACGACUCAAUCGAUUUCAAAUUGACGGCGAAUGAUACGAAUUCGAUGAUUGAAAGAUUUUAAGAAGAAACUCUUACAAAAAAUUGUCGAUAACUCUCGAGUCAUUAUCGAUUAUAAAAUUAAUAACAGCGAGGACGGAGCACAUCGCGCCUUUUGAUCAUUUUUCGCGAUUGACGGCGACUCGCUGCUUUGGCAGGACAAAAAGGACGCAACCUGUCCUUUCGCGAGUGUCCUGAUCCCACGUUCGUUCUUUCUCGUUUUUCGAGAUUGAACUCUCGAACGAUGGGACUCCUUAGAUCUCAGGCUAGGAAAUAGGAGGAGGAGGGCGUCCUGUGAGAACGUCCCGCAGGAUUCUCGCGGUCCUGUCGCGCAAAAGCGGGGAGGAAGAAACGUGCGCAAAACAUGUAUUGAUGUCUUAACGAUUUUGUCGCCGAUCGAUCUCGAGAAUCUCGAGAAUUUCCGCGUCGAGAAAAUGAUUCUUGUCCGCGUCUACGAUUGCGAUUUUCCCUCAUUUAUUUCGCAAACGCGAAUUUCCCUGGCGUGAUCACAGGAUCGCGAUUUAUUCCAAUAAACACACUGCCGACGUAUCGUGCGAGCGCGACGGAUCGAAAAGGAGGGAAAAAGUGGGGGGGGGUAGAGAGAUAAAUAGAUAGAAAAAGAGUGAAAAUCGGGGAUUAAAACCGGCGUGAUUUCUUUCAUUCGAUUUCUCAUGAAAAAGGCGCGCAUAAAAUGCAUUUUACGCUGAUCGUUUUCGUAGAAUUUGAAAAACGCGUAAAAUGAACUGUAGCAUAGAAGUCUGAACCCGCUGAUUUUACGCCUGUUCUUAAUCUCCGAUGUGAAGGAUUUACAUGGAGGAUCGAGACGGAAGAGAGCGAUGGAAGUCGUUUUUGCAUAGACAAGUAUCUCCGGUGUUAUUUCCGAAUAAGCACCACUAUUGUGCGAUUGUAAAUGGACACGUGAAUUCAAGCAAUUCAAGCGAAUCUCGAGAGUCGACGCAAUCUCUCAUUAAGCGAUUAAAUCUAUCAUUGAGCCUUCUUGCAUCACGAUGCGCGAUAGUAACCUAAUCUAAAAUCUAUCUAAAAAAGACAGCUGUCUGUAAUAGAAUGGAAAUGACUUGGUUUUUUAUAUUUAUCAAAAUAUAUAAACCUUCCUUAGAUUUUUGUUCAAAUAUUUUACAUCAAAGUUGA